CUGGAGGGUGGCGACACGACGCUGACUCAAAAAUCAUGGCGGACGAAGUAGAACAGCAACCAACCACCAACACGGUAGAGGAACCACUUGACCUGAUCAGACUCAGUCUUGAUGAGAGGAUCUAUGUCAAGAUGCGAAACGACAGGGAGCUCCGCGGGCGACUACAUGCCUAUGACCAACACCUUAACAUGAUCCUGGGUGAUGUGGAGGAGACUGUGACUACGGUGGAGAUUGAUGAGGAGACUUAUGAAGAACUCUACAAGUCUACCAAGAGGAACAUUCCAAUGCUGUUUGUCCGAGGCGAUGGCGUGGUCCUUGUAGCUCCGCCUCUAAGAGUGGGCUAACACUGACCAUUUGCGGGUGACUGGGCAUCGGCUAUAGCUGCAAAGGUUUCUCGCACCACCCUUGUUGUGCUGUCAUAACAGACUGAAAUACAGUGAGGAUUAAAGCAUCUGUCCCCUGUGGUUCAGACCGUCAGAAACUCACCUGAUGUUUAUUUUUUAUUUUUUGUAGUGGCUAGAAAGAUGAAAAACAUGGUUUGGCUCAAGGAACAAAACUUGGAGGUGAUUUUUUUUAAAAGGGUUAAUUGAUUGAUUAAUUUGGGAUUGUGAUGAUAUUAGGCCUUCAUUCCUCAGGAUAUUUUAUUUGACUGAAAUCAUAAUUCCCACCAUUUUGGUUUGUAAUUAAAACAUUAUUGUUAAACUUUUCGAGAGGUCUUGGUUUCCUCUCAAUCCCAUUGUUUUUAAUUACCAGAAACCCAUCGUAUUUUCAUUGGGAAAAAACUACAAUCAGAAAAAAAAGUAAAUGGGAUUAAUGUGAAUCUUCAUUGUGAAAUGUAUUCUUCGAGUGAAAUUUCUGUCUUGUCUCAAAGUAAUUGUCUUGCAGUUGCUCCAAACUGAAGAUAUGUGAAUAUUUGGGACAUUCUCUGAGUUUCUGUUGAGUGUUUUCUCUUCUUUUUUUAUAUAAAUAUAGAUAUAAUUUUUUUGUCUUGUGUUGGAUUUGGGGUACAUCAUGCUUACAUGUGCAAACAUGGAUAUGUAUCAUUUUGUUUUGGUAAAUUUGAAUAAAAUAGGAGAUUUGAAACAAUAA